CAGCGGCGCCCCGGCCCUCGACGAUUGGAAUUUCAAAUGUCUUUGAUACAGGAACCAGAAUUUUCAAAGCAGGAUAAAGCUGCCAGAGUCAUUCAGCAGGCCUGGAAAUGUUUCCUUGAUGUCUCUGUUUUCCAACAUUUUAAAAGUCUGAUUGAUUUAAGAAGACAAGGGGAACCACGUCAGAUAGUGAAAUAUAUUAACCCUAAGGAGGCAGAACUUCUAGACGCAGCUGCUGGCAUUCAUGUGCGAUUCCGAUUAGGUGGAGUUAAGUUUCCACCUGAUAUAUACUAUAAGAUUUUUACACACAGACAUGUUGAAGAUCUGUGUGCUAACAGCCCUAGAGAUUAUACAAAACUUCCAGCAAAACAUACAGCUCAUAAUAAAAGUGAUCGUCUUCAGGAAGAGGAUCACAGUGGCUGGUAUCGUCGUAUAGAAAACAAUGGCUGGAGGCUUGUUUCUAAUAGAUUUUGGAGAUCUACUGACAGUGAAAUGGUGGAAAACAAAAAGGAAAGUGAAUUUCAUUUCUCUAAACUGAAGAGAAGGCAAGAUUUGGAAAAGAAAAGAAAAAUUAGAAAAAUAGAAUGGAUGAGGCAAAUGUACUAUGCAGGAAACCUGGAGGCCAAGUCAACGUGUAGGGAAACUCUGGGUUUAAUUCACACAGCAACAAAGGGGCUGAUAAGAGCCAUCGAAGAUGGUGGGAUCGAUUCUGUGAUGGAAUGGGAGGUGGAUGAAGUGCUGAACUGGACAAACACACUGAACUUCGAUGAGUAUAUUGCCAGCUGGAAGGAAAUCGCUACAAGCAACUCUUCAGGCAACUUCAUGGGAUUCAGGUUUGAGCACGCACAGAAAGGGAUCUAUGACUAUGGAGCUAUAUCAUGCAUGCCAGUGAGAACACCAGAGGAUACUGUCUAUGAAAAUUUCAUUCAAAAUCCAAAUUUCACUAGAUUAACGCCUGAUUCCACUUAUGGAAUAUAACGUACCUU